UUCCGAAUUUUAAGUUUUUUAUUUUAUUUUACAUAAGAUCUAUUUUAGUAUUUUAUAUUAUAAGAUAUGACAACUAUUCAAUCAGUUAAAGCUCGUGAGAUAUUAGAUUCGCGUGGAAAUCCAACAGUUGAAGUUGAUAUUAUUACCGAACAAGGAUUAUUUAGAGCAUGUUGUCCAUCUGGUGCUUCAACAGGUAUUUAUGAAGCAAAGGAACUUAGAGAUGGAGAUCCUCAUAGGUAUCAAGGUAAAGGAGUGCAAAAAGCUGUAGAAAAUGUUAAUAAGAUUAUUGCUCCAGCUUUAAUUGGAAAGGAUCCAACAAAACAACAAGAAUUAGAUGAUCUUAUGGUAAAGGAACUUGAUGGAAGCAAAAAUGAAUAUGGAUAUAACAAAGCAAAACUAGGUGCAAAUGCUACAACUGCUGUGUCUUUUGCUUUAGCUAGGGCAGGAGCUGCUGCAGUAGGAAUGCCAUUAUAUCAAUAUAUUGCACAUUUAGCUGGUAAUUCUACUCAUCAUUAUACAAUGCCAGUUCCAUCUUUCAAUGUUUUAAAUGGUGGUAAACAUGCAGGAAAUUCCCUUGCUCCUCAAGAAUUUAUGAUAUUCCCUAUUGGAGCUCCAAGUUUCAAAGAAGCUCUAAGAUAUGGUGCUGAAGUAUAUCAUACAUUAAAGGAUGUUAUUAAGAGGAAGUAUGGACUCAGUGCAACAAAUAUUGGUGAUGAAGGUGGUUUUGCACCCAAUAUUGCAACUCCAGAAGAAGCUUUAGAUUUAAUAACAGAAGCUAUUAAAAUAGCAGGUUAUACUGGGAAAGUUAAGAUAUGUUUAGAUCCUGCUGCAUCUGAAUUUUUCUGUGAUGAGAAAAAGUGCUAUAAUUUAAAUUUUAAGGGUAGUGAACCAAAAUAUCUAACUAGUCAACAACUAACUCAGAUGUGGAAAGAUCUUACUGAGAAAUAUGAUAUAGUUAGUAUUGAGGAUCCAUUUGAUCAAAAUGAUUAUGAUGCUUAUGCAGCUUUAACUCAACAAAUUGGGGAAAAAGUUCAGAUUAUGGGUGAUGAUUUAUUUGUAACAAAUAUGACCCGUAUGAAAGUGGGGAAAGAUAAAGGUGCUUGUAAUUGUCUACUACUAAAAGUCAAUCAGAUUGGAACUGUUAGUGAAUCUAUUGCUGCAUUUAAGUUAGCUAGAUCUUAUGGAUGGGGUAUCCAAGUAUCUCAUAGAUCUGGUGAAACUGAAGAUACUUUUAUUGCUGAUUUAACAGUAGGACUUGGAACUGGACAACUCAAGACAGGUGCUCCUUGUAGAACUGAACGUGUAGCUAAGUACAAUCAAUUGAUGAGAAUUGAAGAGGAAUUGGAGAAAUCUUCAAAUUAUGCAGGUUCUAAUUUCAGAACACCAGUUCAAGGACAUAAAUAAAUAACUUCAAUGGAUUAGUUUAAUCAAUAAUUAUUUAGAUAUCUUGGAAUGUACUUCAUUUCCAUUAUCUUAACAAAAAAUCUAUUCAGAUUUAGUAUUCAUAGUACAAUAUCUUUGUACUUAGUAAUAUAUUGAGUCCUCCAAGUUUUGUGGUUAUUCUGUUGAAAUUAUCAUUUACUUAUUAGUCUAGUGUAAUUUUUGUGUUUCAAAUA